GAACCACACAACCAACCUGGAGAUGAUGGCAUGAUUCUUGGAUGGACAUCAACAAAUAUAAUAUAACAAAUAUAGGCAAACAAGAUCUUGGUGCUCUGCUCAAGGAGAAACCUUACCCAAUCUGGUCUGUACUGACAAGGAGCAAGAAACACAAAACAACUGUCUACAGAUGGGUAACACUUUCUUUUGGAAGACAUUCUGGCCUAAAAUCCUCAAUUGUGUUUUAAGUGUUUUAGACAGGCCAAACAUUGACACGACUGAACAUUGAGAGGGACAUUACCUCCAAUUGUUGGCACUAGAGGGCAAGCUCUCUUGUUUAGGCCGGAGGACUAUUUAGCAUGUUUUCCCAUUGGAGCAUCACGUCUUUUAUAAGACUACGCACACCUUUUGGCACAUUCCUCAAGGAGAAACUCGACCCUAUCACAUUCCAAGUUUUUAACAUGAGCAUGAAAACCACAACCAUUUGUUGGCAUUGCAAAUGACUGAAUAAAGUUUAAGGCCCCCCUAAGGUCCUUGAUGCCUUCAGAGUUUAGACCUCACCUCAAUGUGGUUCUGUGAGCCCGAUAAGGGCAGCCCGGCAGUGAACGCAGCCUCUCCGUACACCAUCUGGAUUGAGAUAAUCAUUUUACGAGAAGUGUUUAGCGAAAUUGUGAUGAAACCGAUUGUGUGCGAAGGAGGAACGAUGACCUUCAGCUGGACGACAAGAAGAAAAUUUGUUCAGAUUUAGGACAAUAUGAAGAGAUCUCACUAGAGAAUUCACCUCAGACAGGGCCCAACUCUCUGCUAUAAGGAUGGGGCUGACAUUACAGGAGGUCCUGGGGAGGACUCUGAAGAAGCUGGAGGAGUCGAGUUUCCAGAGAUUCAUAGAGAAACUGAGUGACUGGGAAGUAAGAAAAGAAGAAUAUACAAAGAUUCCAGAGGAUGAACUGACUGGGAAAGAUCCAGAACACGUGGCCGGUCUGAUCAAUCAAUACUAUAAAUCCGCCUAUGGGGCUGAGGUGACCCUGACUGUUCUACAGGAUAUAGAUGAGAAGAAAGUGCGGGAGGAACUCCAGUGUUACCUGAGGGAAGUGGACACUUCAGGACAUGGACUGGGAACAGCAAUGUAUACAGAUAACGUAAACUUCAUAGAGAAUCACAGAUCAGAUCUUAUUAUAAGUAUAACAGAUGUAGAUCCAGUCCUAUGUGAUCUCCGGGACCAGCAGCUGCUGACUCAGGAACAAUACAGUAAUGUGAUGGAAAAGAGAAGAUCCCAGGAGAAGAUGAGAGAACUGUGCGAUAUUAUCAGACACUGGGAGGAUACUGGGAAGUAUACGGCUUAUACAGUGCUCCGAAAAUACAAUGAAGAAAUCAUCAGUGACUUGGAAAUGGAAGAGACGAUGAGGAGAAAGCUUUACUCAGUGCAUUCUGGAAAUCACUUUAUAGACCGACAUGAACAGGAUCUGAUUGAUGGAAUAAAAAAUGUAGAUCCAGUUAUAUCUGAUCUGUACAGGAAUAAUCUGCUGACAAGAAAAGAGCGGGAUAAUAUAAGAAAGUAUAAACCUGAGGACAGGAUGAGACGUCUGUAUGAUAUUAUCAAAUACUGUGAUGACUCUGACAAAGAGAAGGUUUAUGAUACUUUGUAUAAACACAAUCCCAGGGUCAUGAAAUAUCUGAAAAUGUUGGAGGAUCCAUCAAAGUUAGUAAAAACUGGAGAUCACUUUAUAGACCGACAUGAACAGGAUCUGAUUAAUGGAAUAAAAAAUGUACGUCCAGUUAUAUAUGAUCUGUACUGGAAUAAUUUGCUGACAGGAGGAGAGCGGGAUUAUAUAAUGGAAAUAUCAGAACCUGAGGACAUAAUGAGAAGUCUGUAUGAUAUUAUCAGAUACUGUGAUGACUCUGACAAAGAAAAGGUUUAUGACACUUUGUAUAAGUACAAUCCCAGUAUCAUGGAAUAUCUGAAAAAGCCGAAGGAUCCAUCAAAAUUAGUAAAAACUGGAGAUCACGUUAUAGACCGACACAAACAGGAUCUGAUUAAUGGAAUAAAAAAUGUAGAACCAGUUAUAUCUGAUCUGCACAGGAAUAAUCUGCUGACAGGAGAAGAGCGGGAUUAUAUAAUGGAAAUAUCAGAACCUGAGGACAUGAUGAGACGUCUGUAUGAUAUUAUCAGAUACCGGGAUUUCUCUGACAAAGAGAAGGUUUAUGACACUUUGUAUAAGUACAAUCCCAGGGUCAUUAAUUUCUUGAAAAAGCCGAAGGAUCCAUCAAAGUUAGUAACAACUGGAGAUCACGUUAUAGACCGACACAAACAGUAUCUGAUUGGUGGAAUAAAAAAUGUAGAUCCAGUUAUAUCCGAUCUGUACUGGUAUGAUCUGCUGACAAGAGAAGAGCGGGAUUAUAUAAUGGAAAUAUCAGAACCUGAGGACAGGAUGAGACGUCUGUAUUAUAUUAUCAGAUACUGCGAUGACUCUGAUAAAGAGAAAGUUUAUGCCGCUUUGUAUAAGUGCAAUCCCAGGGUCAUGGAAUAUCUGAAAAAGCCGAAGGAUCCAUCAAAAUUAGUAACAGCUGGAAAUCACUUUAUAGACCGACAUGAACAGGAUCUGAUUGAUGGAAUAAAAAUUAUAUAUCCAGUUAUAUCUGAUCUGUACAGGAAUAAUCUGCUGACAAGAGAAGAGCUGGAUUAUAUAAUGGAAAUAUCAGGACCUGAGGACAUAAUGAGAAGUCUGUAUGAUAUUAUCAGAUACUGUGAUGACUCUGACAAAGAGAAGGUUUAUGACACUUUGUAUGAAUACAAUCCCAGGGUCAUGGAAUAUCUGAAAAAGCCGAAGGAUCUAUUAAAAUUAGUACAAACUGGAAAUCACUUUAUAGACCGACACAAACAGGAUCUGAUUGAUGGAAUAAAAAUUAUAUAUCCAGUUAUAUAUGAUCUGUGUGGGAAUAAUCUGCUGACAAGAAAAGAGCUGGAUUAUAUAAUGAGAAUAUCAGAACCUGAGGACAUGAUGAGACGUCUGUAUGAUAUUAUCAGAUACUGUGAUGACUCUGACAAAGAGAAGGUUUAUAAAACUUUGUAUAAGUACAAUCCCAGGGUCAUUGAUGUCCUAAAAAAGGCAGAAAAAACUGGAAAUCACUUUAUAGACCGACAUGAACAGGAUCUGAUUGGUGGAAUAAAAAAUGUAGAUCCAGUUAUAUCUGAUCUGUACAGGAAUAAUCUGCUGACAAGAAAAGAGCGGGAUAAUAUAAGAAAGUAUAAACCUGAGGACAGGAUGAGACGUCUGUAUGAUAUUAUCAGAUUCCGGGAUGACUCUGACAAAGUGAAGGUUUAUGACACUUUAUUUAAGUACAAUCCCAGGAUCAUUGAUGUCCUAAAAAAGCCAGAAAAAAAAACAAGUCAGGAAAUUAUGAAUAUGACUGUAGACAAAAUCAGCUGCAAACUCUGUGGAGAGGAGGAACAGGAUUUGGCAAAAGUAAUCCACACUAUUGGCAGGAUAUACCGAUUAGAAUUGACAUCUCCCGGUCUCUACCGCUGCCAGAAAACUCGAAUCAAAUUCCUGGUGAAAGGUCCAGUUAUUAUUGAAUAUAAAUUAGAUUCCUGGACCGAUAACUUAAAGAACUUUCCAGAUAAAUCUUAUGAGAUUUUGGGUCCACUUUUUAACAUAACGACAAUUGGUGAAGCUAAUGCUGUGUCCGCUGUGUAUCUACCCCAUUACCUGUGCCUGAAGGGCUUCAGUGAAGACACAGCACUGAUAAAAUGUGCUCACUUUAAAGAUGGAAACAUGACAUUGGAAACACCAACACAGAUCGAUCCAUUUUACAUCACUUUAGAGAAUCCUGAAUUUUCCUUGUUGGGGGCUAUCAUGUCAUUUGUAUUUCCGAUUUCCAUCCCGAUACAUGGAAUCGUCCUUAUUUACUUCACCAUAUUAUGUAAAGGUAAUCCAUAUGAGGAACACAGAAUCCAUCUUUAUGUACUGCCCUAUACCGCAAAUGUAGAAGAGACAAUUGACAAAGCUAAUAAAGAAUUUGGAUAUCAGAGAAUCAAAAAACCGGAACAUACCAUUAACCCUGUAUAUACAAAAAUAAAAUACCUUGUUACAGGGGAUCCAGGAGUAUCCGUUUGUCCUAAGACCCUGAUGUUCCACACAGAACCUUACCAAUAUACUGAGCUUCAGCUUAAGGAAAAAGAUGUAGACAUUGCUUUGAAUGUAUCUGAUGAAAACAGUAAAGAUCCAGUCUGGAAAACUCAGCUGACACAAUGUGACAUGAUGAACAUCACACAGUUACUCUCUCAGCUUACAAUCCAUGAAGUUGCAGGUGCCUGUGCUGCUCCGCUACACUUUGUGGAUAGACACAGAGACAUUCUUAUUCAAAGGUCAUCUAAUAUGGAUUCAGUCCUUGAUAUUCUACUGCAGGAGAGACUGCUGGACCAGGGUCAGUAUGAAACUGUUCGCUGUAGACAACCUGACCAUGAGAAGAUGAGGCAGCUGUAUGCUUACAUGACAUCCUGGGGUUACAAUGACAAGGAGAAAUUGUAUCAAGCUCUAAAGAAGAAAAACUCGCCUCUCAUCAGAGAUCUGGAGAGUAAAGACAACGUUAAUCUGUAA